AUGCUGCUUCUGCCACUCUUGUUGUUUUUUCCUUCUUUGUUAGGAUUGUUGUUUGCCACACAAAACAGCGCUCUCUAUCGAUAUCCAACAGGCCGUGCUUCGUUUGGUAAAUUCAAGUGCGACCCUUUCUAUUUCUUAUGGGAAGAGAAACUUACAUCGUCCAUGGUGGAAGAUAAGUUGGACUGCACUUUCCUUUGUGUCGGUGAACCAAAGUGCUAUUCGUUCAACAUAGCAGUGUAUCCUGACUCCAAAGGUCUUUAUCUGUGUGAGUUAUUGGCCACAGACAAGUACAGAGAGGCUGAAAAGGUUCAUGCAAAUGUUACCUUCCAUCACUGCAGUCCGUUGUCUCAAUGUGAAAGCGCUCCUUGUAAGAACGGAGGUGUCUGUGUUCCUGAAUAUGAAAGGAACUCCUAUCAUUGUGAAUGUAAGCCUGGAUUUUGCGGAACUCACUGCAAAUGCAGCAAACGUGGAGGAAAUCGAACUUGCAGUGACAUCAAAUACUGCAAUCCUGAGGCUAAAAGUGGCUCUUAUGUCAUCGACCCUGAUGGAGAGGGCGGAGUGAAACCAUUUAAAGUCUUCUGUGACAUGACUGACAAGGGCGGGAUAGGAGUGACAGUUAUCAGUCACGACAGUGAAAACAGAACACUGGUGGCUGGGUUUGAAGCCCCUGGUAGUUAUUGGCGUGAUGUUACUUAUGAUGAAACCAGUCUAAUUCAGCUAGCAAGCUUAACAGCUUCAUCUUCUCACUGUGAGCAGUUUAUUAAAUACGAGUGCUAUCAUUCAAUGCUCCUUCUCAAUGGUCACAUGUUCGGCUGGUGGGUAUCGCGUGAUGACGAGAAGAUGAAGUACUGGGGUGGAGUCAACUCUGUUCCCUUUAAAUGUGCAUGCGGUUUGACAGACACGUGCGCGGACAGCAGUUACGGCUGCAACUGCGAUAAGAACGAUAUGAAUUGGCGAGAGGACAGCGGUUUACUAACAGACAAGUUCAAGCUUCCCGUGAUUCAAAUGAGAUUUGGAGAUACCGGUCAUGUUGUGCGUUACAAUGAAUCAGGAUAUCACACGCUUGGACCACUGGAGUGUUAUGGACUCAUCUAGAACUCAUGAAGACUGUUGAUUAACCAUUUAAAAGAUAACUUGAACAGUCACGGUACUCUCUCCGUCAGACCUCAAUUAUAGUUAUAAUUAUUAGUUAUAUUUACAUGUAAUAUUUUCAGAAUCUCGGCAGUGUUGUGUAGUUUUCCAUGAUUUCUUUUUAAAUAGCGCAUGUGGUAGACUUUUUCAAAAAGGCAGCCAAUAUUGUUAAGAUCAAACUUGAAUCGCUUAAAGAAACAUCUUCCUUUUCGAAUAGUCACCAGGCAUCAGAGUUUACGGCUAUUGCAUAAGGCGAAAAGUAGCUCUGAUUUGAUUCUCUUCCUACAUCAGAACUGAAGUCAUGUAAAGCAGCAAAGUAAUUUCUGAU